AUGGGAGACAUGUUUUUGCAGAGUGAAGAUCUGGUUGGCCUAUUUUACGACAAUGAUAAUUUCAGUUAUGGGUAUGACUUCACCGGUAUCCCAAACCUUGAAUCUGUGGCACCUUGCAAAACUGACAGUACCUCAGCUAUGCUGAAGUACUUUGUGGCAUUCUUCUAUGUCCUGGUAUGUCUCUUGAGCCUGGUGGGUAAUUCCCUGGUGGUGCUGGUGGUUAACUACAACAAAGGAAACCGUACUGUUACCGAUGUGUAUCUCCUGCACCUUGCCAUUGCUGACUUGCUCUUUGCACUCACAUUGCCGAUCUGGGCUAUUUACCGAGCUCAUGAAUGGAUCUUUGGCAAUAUCAUGUGCAAAGCUAUUUCGAUCCUGAAGGAAGUCAAUUUCUACAGUGGCGUCCUCCUGCUGGCCUUUAUCAGCAUCGACCGUUACCUGGCCAUAGUUUAUGCUACACGGGCAGUCACUGAGAAGAGACACUGGGUCAAAUUUCUCUGCUUUGGCAUCUGGCUUUUUUCUUUCUUUAUUUCCUUCCCCAUGGUUGUCUUCCGUAGUGCUUUUUGGAAUAACUCUUCUUCAUCGGUGGUUUGUUAUGAGAAUAUUCAGAAGGAGAAAACAGCUGAGUGGAGGGUGAUAUUGAGAAUCCUGCCACAAGUGUUUGGCUUCAUCAUCCCUUUGGUUGUCAUGCUGUUUUGCUACGGUGUAACUGUACACAGACUCUUCCAGACCAAGAACAGCCAAAAGACUAAAGCCAUGAAAGUCAUCAUAGCUGUAGUGUUGGUCUUCCUGCUCUGUUGGCUGCCCUACAACCUCUCUCUUCUCGCUGAUAGCCUGAUGAGGGUCAAAGUUAUUGCUGAAACCUGUGAGCGUCGUAAUAGCAUUGACCUUGCUAUUUCAAGCACUGAAAUCCUGGGAUUUGCUCACAGCUGUGUAAAUCCCAUCAUAUAUGCCUUUAUAGGGCAGAAGUUCCGGAACAACUUCCUCAAGAUCUUGGCUGCACAAGGUAUCAUCAGUAAAACUGCCGUGUUACGGUACAGGAAGGGAUCUGCCUCAUCUACUUCUGCUAUUACUUCAACAACCCUCUAA